AUAACGACAUUAUCCUAGUUUCCCAGCCAUCGGUCUAGAUUCUCCGUACAAGAGCUGUUGUUUUGUUACAAUGAAACUAGACUUACGUAAUCCGCGAUAUGCCAGCUCGCAGCUCGAACCAGCGAUGAAGCCUGCCAGCAAGUCCGACGCAGAGACAAGGUCACGCAACAUGACCAUUCGCUAUUAAUCGAUGCUCGACGACUAACCACGAAUCACAACAAGCUUACGGAACACUGUACGAUCUUGCCUGGUUCGCUGCGUCUCGAAACGAUCUCCCCUCGCCGCCCAUCAUGACUUCCCUCUUCUUCUCCACCCCCGUCGAUAUCGAUGUCGUUCUCGAAGACAGCGAUGAGCGCCAGACGGUCGAUGUCAAGCUCGACAAGGGCCGCCGUGAGAGGGCCCCGCUGUACAUGGAUGGAGAGUCUGUCAAGGGUGCUGUGACGGUUAGGCCCAAGGAUGGGAAACGGUUAGAGCAUACGGGGAUUAAGGUGCAGUUCAUUGGAACGAUUGAAAUGUUUUACGACCGCGGAAACCACUACGAAUUCCUCUCCCUCGUCCAAGAACUCGCAGCUCCCGGCGAACUCCAACACCCCCAGACCUUCCCCUUCAAUUUCAAAAACGUCGAGAAGCAAUAUGAAUCCUACAAUGGUAUCAACGUAAAGCUUCGGUAUUUUGUGCGCGUCACCGUCUCCCGCCGGAUGGCCGACGUCGUGCGCGAGAAGGAUCUCUGGGUCUAUUCAUAUCGCAUGCCGCCAGAGAACAACAGCCCGAUCAAGAUGGAUGUUGGUAUCGAGGAUUGCCUGCAUAUCGAGUUUGAAUACUCCAAGUCGAAAUACCACCUCAAGGAUGUUAUUGUCGGGCGUAUCUAUUUCCUGCUUGUGCGGUUGAAGAUCAAGCAUAUGGAGCUGUCCAUUAUUCGGAGGGAAACAACUGGAUCUCCGCCCAAUCAGUACAAUGAGAGUGAGACGCUGGUUCGCUUUGAGAUUAUGGAUGGUUCGCCUUCACGAGGAGAAACCAUUCCCAUCCGUCUGUUCCUUGGUGGCUUCGAUUUGACACCCACCUUCCGUGACGUCAACAAGAAAUAUUCGACACGUUAUUACCUCAGUCUGGUUCUCAUUGAUGAAGAUGCUCGUCGAUACUUCAAGCAAUCCGAAAUUACUCUCUUCCGCCAGGCUCCCGAGGUCGCUGCUACCCCUCAGAUCGCCCAGCAGCAACAAAUCCAACAACAGCAGAUCCAGCAGCAACAGCAGCCUCUGCCGCCCGGUUCGGCCACUGCUGGACCCGGAAGGGGCGAAGCUUAUCAGCAGCAGCAGCAGCAAGCUGUCCCUCCUCCAGCAGCUUAGAGCUUAGAGCUAUGUCGAUCGGGUUAGGGGUUGUUUCUUCCGGUUGUGCUUCCGUAUUUAUGACAUGUCAGCUGCUCGGAGUGUUCUUACCAUCAUUCACAUGUACUCUUAUACCCUGUCCUUAUUGUGUUAGCUUCUUUUAUCACGACUCGAUGUUGUCAGUCGUCGUGUAUGAUCCGAUGGUGUCUUUUUACUUUCGUCUUGCAACCCGAAGUAUUGAUUUGAUGAAUGUGUCCAUACUUACAAACGAGUAUGCAACUUGGACCUAUAGUUCUCCGUCUCUCCGUGCAUCAUGUCAGUAAUACACUUCUGUGUCUUCUGUUUUUUUAAGCAAUACUUCGUACGUACCAUUUGAAGC